UUGUAUGCUGGCCAUGAAGACUCUCCGGGCUCGAUUUAAGAAGACAGAGCUGCGGCUCAGCCCCACCGACCUUGGCUCCUGCCCUCCCUGUGGUCCCUGUCCCAUCCCGAAGCCGGCAGCCAGAGUCAGGCGCCAGAGCCAGGAUUGGGGCAAAAGUGAUGAGCGGCUGCUGCAGGCUGUGGAGAACAAUGAUGCCGCACGGGUGGCCUCCCUCAUCGUCCGCAAGGGUCUGGUGCCCACGAAGCUGGACCCCGAGGGCAAGUCCGCAUUCCACCUGGCAGCUAUGAGGGGUGCAGCCAGCUGUCUGGAGGUGAUGCUGGCACACGGCGCCAACGUCAUGAGCACAGACGGGGCAGGUUACAAUGCCCUCCACCUGGCUGCCAAGUAUGGGCAUCCACAAUGUUUGAAGCAACUGCUCCAGGCAUCCUGCGUGGUGGACAUUGUGGACAGCAGUGGCUGGACGGCCUUGCAUCAUGCAGCGGCUGGUGGCUGCAUCUCUUGCUCAGAAAUGCUCUGCUCCUUCAAGGCACAUCUGAAUCCCCGGGAUCGGUUGGGUACCACCCCCCUCAUCAUCGCAGCUCAGAUGUGUCACACAGACCUGUGCCGCCUCCUCCUGCAGCAGGGGGCUGCCGUGAACGACCAGGACCUGCAGGGCAGGACAGCCCUCAUGCUGGCCUGUGAGGGGGCUAACCCCGAAACAGUGGAGGUGCUGCUGCAGGGAGGGGCCCAGCCAGGCAUCACCGACGCACUGGGCCAGGACGCUGCUCACUAUGGCUCCCUGGCAGGGGACAAACUCAUCCUGCACCUCCUGCAGGAGGCGGCCCAGCGCCCCUCACCACCCAGCGCCUGACCCUGCUUUUCUCUCUCCCCCGCCCUCCUAGAGGAAGACUCGGGCGAGGCAUCAUCUCAGAACUCUGUGUCCAGCCAUGAGAAGCGAGGGGCUCCCAAGAAGCGGAAGGCGCCUCCGCCUCCCACCAGCACCCCUAUGCCGGAUGAUCGAGAUGCCUAUGAGGAGAUUGUGCGGCUGCGACAGGAGAAGGGCCGCCUGCUUCAGAAGAUCCGGGGCUUGGAGCAGCACAAGGAACGGAGGAAGCAGGAGCUUCCAGAGGCGGAGGCCAGCUCCCUGCACAGCCUGGAGAGACAGGUGCAAGAGCUACAGCAGCUGCUGGCAGAGAAGCAGGAGGAGAAGGAGAGUCUGGGACGGGAGGUGGAGAGUUUGCAGAGCCGGCUGUCCCUGCUGGAGAAUGAGCGGGAGAACACCAGCUAUGACGUGGCCACCCUGCAGGAUGAGGAGGGUGAGCUGCCCGACUUUCCAGGGGCCGAGACGUUGCUCUCCAAGCAGCUAAGCCCGUCAGCCCAGGAGCUCUUGGCCUCGCUGCAGGAACAGGUGGCCACCCUCACCAGACAGAACCAGGAGCUGAUGGAGAAGGUCCAGAUCCUGGAGAACUUUGAGAAGGAUGAAAUGGAGGCAAAUGGAUCAGCCGAGGUCGUCCCCCUGGCCCUCUAUGACUCUCUCCGGGCUGAGUUUGACCAGCUGCGCAGGCAGCAUGCCGAGGCUGUGCGGGUGCUGGAGCAGCAGGAAGUACAGGGGAGCCCCAGAGAAGAGAAGGUAGCCCCUGGGGAACGCAAGGACACAGGAGCCAAGACCACCCAAAAUGGUCCAACAGAAAUGGAGAUUGAUGGCAUCGUGGCUCCAGAAACAAAAGUUAAUGGAGCUGAGACCACAGAUGAUGAGGCUGCAGAAGCUGGAACCACGGAAGCCAGGACUUCGGAAGCAGCAUCCACAGGGACCGAGGUCAUGGAAACUAAACCCACGGACAGUCAGGCCAUGGAAACAGAGGGUGCGGGAGCUGAGGCUUUGGAAACAAAGGCCACGGGGGCCGAGGUCACAGAAACGAAAGCUCUAAGAGGAGGAGGAAACCGGGAAACACAGGCCACGGGAGCAGAGGCCACAAAUAUGAGAGGAGAGGAACCAGAAAUGAAGGCCAAUGGAGUGAGUGAAGUGGAAGGAGGGCUCAGAGGCACAGAGACCACAAGUGUGGAGGCCACGGGAGUGGAGGCCACCACCCCUAGUGUCCCCACUGGCCCCGUCCUACACCCCGGUGCUGCCGAGGCCUCGGAAAAGCUGCAAACCGAACUGGAGACUAGGAUUCGUGGCUUGGAGGAGGCACUCUGGCAGCGGGAGCGGGAGGCAGCCACCGAGCUGGAGGCAGCCCGUGGCAAGUGGGAGGCCACGGAGGCUGAGGCUGACCGGCUGCCGGAGCGGGUGUGUGAGGCUGUUGGUGGUGACAUGGUCCAACUGCGGGCAGCCCUGGAGCAGGCCCGGGAGGACCUCCGAGACCGGGACUCUCGCCUCCGGGAGCUGGAGGCCACCUUGGCCUGGCUGGAUGAGGCCCGAGCGGCCAGACUGCUGGCCGAGGAGGAGGCUCGGGGCCUGCGGGCAGAGCUGGCCCAGCGGGAGGAGGUGAGGCUGGAGCAAAUCCGGGAGCUGGAGGUGCUACGGGAGCAGCUGGCCACUUCCACGGCCACCGAGGAACAACAGCGGGCAGCUGCCGCUGAGCUGAGCCAAGCUCGGGAAGCAGCAGAGGCCCGGGCUGCUGAGCUGGCCGAGGCCUGCGAGGAGGCUCGGCGGGGCCUGGCAGAGCUGCGCGAGGCCUCAGAGGUGCUCCGCCAGUCAGCAGUGCCAGCCUCGGAGCAUCACCGGCUGCAGGAGGAGGCCCUUGAGCUGCGGGGCCGGGCGGCCAGCCUGGAGCAGGAGGUGGUGGCCACGGGCAAGGAGGCUGCCCGGCUGCGGGCAGAGCUAGAGCGGGAGCGUGUGGGCAGUGUGGCCCGCUUGGAGCACGAGCGCAUAGUGGGUGCACUUCAGGCCGACGUGGCCCGGCUGGAGGGGCAGCUGGAGGAACUAGGACGCCGCCACGAAAAGACCAGUGCUGAGGUCUUCCAGGUGCAGCGCGAGGCCCUAUUCAUGAAGAGUGAACGACACGCAGCGGAGGCCCAGCUGGCCACGGCAGAGCAGCAGCUGCGUGGGCUACGCACGGAGGCUGAGAAGGCACGCCAGGCCCAGAGCCGCGCCCAGGAGGCCCUGGAUAGGGCCAAAGAGAAGGACAAGAAGAUCACAGAGCUCUCCAAGGAGGUCUUCAGUCUUAAGGAGGCGCUGAAGGACCAGCCAGCAGUUCCGGGCAGCUCCGAGGUGGAGGCCCUGCGCGGCCAGGUGGAGGCCCUCCAGGGGCAGCUGGAGGAAGCCGCCCGGGAGCACAGCGCAGUGGUGGCCUUGUACCGGAGCCACCUCCUACACGCCAUCCAGGGCCAGAUGGAUGAAGAUGUGCAACGGAUUCUGAGCCAGAUCCUGCAGAUGCAGAGGCUCCAGGCUCAGGGACGCUAA